UAAAUACAUCCAAUGGGCAGCUAGAAAAAUUACUAAAAUGCUGAAUUUAGAAAUAGCGCAAUACAUCCCUAUUUGUGUAAAAAAAAUCAUAAUAAUAAAAAAAAGAGGGCAGUUUUAGGUGAUUCAGGCUAUUCAGCCGUGCCGUGGAAGUCAUCUGCUAAAGAUAAGGUCGGAUCUCUCUCCACGGCGCUUGCAAAUCUCUCCCUCCGCCGCCCCAUCACCUCUUUCGAUCCCACUGAUCACUGAACUGAAAAACAUCAAUCCCCACCCUCGCCGUCCUCGCCGUCCUCGCCGCACAUGAAACAUGAAUCCCUCCGCCUCCACCAACUCCUCCGCCAUCGAUAACUCCACCGAGCUCCGCCGUCCCCUCUUCCCCCCCAUCCCUCACCUGUCCUCUCGCUUCCACCUCAAAACAACCUUCUUCUCUGAACUCAGCGGCUCCGUCGGCGAUCUCGGUACCUACAUACCCAUCGUCCUCGCCCUCUCCCUCGUCAACGGCCUCGAUCUCGGCACCACCCUCCUCUUCACCGCACUCUAUAACGCCAUCACCGGUCUCCUCUUCGGCAUCCCCAUGCCCGUUCAACCCAUGAAAUCCAUCGCCGCCGUUGCCAUCUCCCCUUCCUCCCACCUCUCCAUUCCCCAAAUCAUGGCCGCCGGUCUCUGCACCGCUUCCACCCUCCUAAUCCUCGGCGCCACCGGUCUCAUGUCGCUUUUAUACCGUUUCCUGCCUCUUCCCGUCGUUCGCGGAGUCCAGCUUUCACAAGGUCUUUCCUUUACCUUCUCCGCCGUCUCCUACAUCAGCUACAUCCAAGACCUUCCUUCCGGUAAAACCUCCGGCCCCCGCCCCAUGCUCGGCUCCGACGGUCUCCUCCUCGCUCUCUCCGCCGUCGUUUUCAUCCUCCUCUCCUCCAGCGCAGGCAAUGAAAGGCGACGCCUUUUUCCCUCCGCGCUCAUCGUCUUCCUCUUCGGCUUCAUCCUCUGUUUCUUCCGCAACCCCUCUGUUCUCCGCCAGCUCAAGCUAGGCCCUUCCCCGAUCCGCGUGAUUAGAAUCACGAGUGAAGAUUGGAAAGUCGGAUUCUUUCGCGGAGCGAUCCCGCAGAUCCCUCUCUCGAUCCUGAACUCCGUGAUCGCCGUCUGCAAGCUUUCCGGCGAUCUGUUUCCGGACCAAGAGGUUUCUGCGGCGGCGGUUUCGGUCAGUGUGGGGUUGAUGAACUGGGCCGGUUGCUGGUUCGGAGCGAUGCCGGUUUGUCAUGGUGCCGGCGGGCUGGCGGGGCAGUACCGGUUCGGAGGGCGGAGCGGGUUGUCUGUUAUGUUUCUAGCGGCGGGGAAGAUGGUGGCGGGAUUGGUUUUUGGAAACUCGUUCGUCGUGAUACUGAGAGAGUUUCCGGUGGGGUUAUUGGGAGUAUUGUUGGUGUUUGCUGGGGUGGAGUUGGCAAUGUCGUCGAGGGAUAUGGGGAGCAAAAAGGAGUCUUUUGUUAUGCUGGUGUGUGCGGCGGUUUCGAUGAAGUUGGAUGCGGGUGUUGGGUUUGUGUGCGGGUUGGUUAUGGUUUUGGUGCUCUGGAUCAGCGAGUUGGAUUGGUUCGCUCUGUUGAGGAGGAGAAGCGGGGGAGGAUCUGGAGAUGAUAAGCUUCAAUCUGCUGAUACGGAGGAGAUCAUUGGAAUUUAGGGAGAUUUUUUUUUUUAUUGCUUAUUUAGCAUGGAUUCAGUAAUCAAUUCAUGGUUUUAAAUCACUUUUAGGGGAUGGUUGAUUUCCUUAAAAAAAAGUAUCACACUGAUUUAAUGUAAUUGAAAUAUUAUGGA